AUGGUGGCUCUGGACCAGGUCCGGGUCCAGCGGGCUGCAGUGGGUCUUCCUGAUGCUCUGGUGGUUCUGACACAUCCAUGGGUGAAGAGGAGGAGGACGACCUUUGACCUGUUAAUGCUGCUGGUGACCGUUCAACUCCAUGAAGACCAGAAGCUAACCCCUCUACCCAGACCCCCCUACCCAGAACCCCUCUACCCAGACCCCCCUACCCAGACACCUCUACCCAGACCCCUCUACCCAGGCCCCCCUACCCAGACCCCUCUACCCAGACCCCCCUACCCAGACCCCCACCCAGACCCCCUGCAGAACCCCUCUACCCAGACCCCUACCCAGACCCCACUACCCAGACGCCUCUACCCAGACCCCUCUACCCAGAACCCCUCUACCCAGACCCCCCUACCCAGACCCCCCUACUCAGACCCCCCUACCCAGACCCCCUACCCAGGCCCCCCUACCCAGACCCCUCUACCCAGACCCCUCUACCCAUACCCCUCUACUCAGAACCCCUACCCAGACCCCUCUACCCAGACCCCUCUACCCAUACCCCUCUACCCAGAACCCCUCUACCCAGACCCCUCUACCCAGAACCCCUCUACCCAGACCCCCCUACCCAGACGCCUCUACCCAGACCCCCCUACCCAGAACCCCUCUACCCAGACGCCUCUACCCAGACCCCCCUACCCAGAACCCCUCUACCCAGACGCCUCUACCCAGACCCCCCUACCCAGAACCCCUCUACCCAGACGCCUCUACCCAGACCCCCCUACCCAGAACCCCUCUACCCAGACCCCCCUACCCAGACGCCUCUACCCAGACCCCCCUACCCAGAACCCCUCUACCCAGAGCCCUCCACCCAGUGGAUGA